AUGCACUUCAUCCGCUUCCUCAAAGUCCCCACCACCACCUCCAAACCCUCCUCCAACAUCAUCACUGUUUCCACACUAAUCACCAUCUCCACCGACCUCUCCGAAGCAUUCUACAAUGGAAAUGCUACCCUCCGAGCUACUCUUCGCGCGGAUACCCAAUCCCGCCAAUUACUUGCGUCAAAAACCGUGACUUGGACACCGGGAUUAAGAAAUAUACCAAUCCAAUUCACAUUCACAGCCUCAAAGGAUACGGCUACAGAUGGGAUAGUCUGUAUCUCUGCGACCGAAAACCGGGCGGAUGAUAUGCGAACAUUAUUCGCCGGUCCUUCGGAAUCACGAAUACUAUCGGCAUGGAGUACGCCCUUCAACAUUCUUCAAAACGGGAGUAAAGCAGAGGCGUUCGUCGAGCGAAAACUUCAAUUGUCUGCUGGGAAGAUGGUGAGGAUAUGGGAAGAAACUAGAGAAGAUAUUGCCAGGCAUAUAUGGCCCGGUGGUCUAGCCAUGACCUCUUACCUCUCCACCCUCCCCACACCACCCACAGGACAACUACCAUCCCUCACCCCACUCCUAUCGAACCCCUCCUUAAAUGUCCUAGAACUCGGUGCCGGCUGCGGUUUAGCCGGAAUAGUCCUACACACCCUCCUACCUUCUACAAAAGUAACCGUAACAGACCUACCCAUAACAACGGAGAUAACAUCCAAAAACCUUACUAGUAACUCCAACGAGAACAGUAACAAUAUAUCAUACUGUCCACUCGAUUGGGCUUCUUCUUUACCGGAGUGGUGCGCUUCUUCAACAUAUGAUUUGAUCUUGGUCGCAGAUUGUACGUAUAAUACCGCUAGUAUUCCGUAUCUGGUGGGGGUACUUGAUGAGUUGUGUGGAUUAUCGCCCGGGGUGGUGAUAUUAUUGGCGCAUAAGGUACGGCAUGAUUCUGAGGAGAUGUUCUUUGAGAUGGCUGGAGAGAAGGGAAUUGAGAAGAAGGAGAGUGUGGUGUUUGAGAUGGCGGGGGAUAGGGUUGAUUUAUAUGUUAUGGGACGGUGA